GUAAACAAUUAAUCACAAAAUCAACACACACGCAAACACAUACACACUUGUAAUUAAAUUACCUAUCAAUUCCCAAAUCCAAUGGCAUCAUCCAUGACCAUGACCACCUCCUUCUUUGGCAGCGCCGUCGCCGCGAAGCCGGCCACGGCCACCACCCGUCGCAGCUGCCAGCUGGCGGUAAGGGCCUCGAUGGACUUGGAGAAGGCGGUGGCGGCAGCUGCAGAGACCACCAACACGAGGCGGGGCCUCGUGCUGGCGGGGAUGGCCACAGUAGCUGCGUCGUCCGUCGCGAAAGCCGCAGUGGCCGACGUUGAUAACUUGUUAGGUGGGUGGACGCCGCUCCCCAAUCCACGUGCACCGGAGAUUGUUAACAUCGCGAGAUUCGCAGUGUCGGAACACAACAAACAGGCAAACACGUCCUUGGUUUUGGAUUCGGUGUUGAAGGGCUAUACGCAGGUGGUCAAUGGUUUGAAUUACAGGCUGAUUCUCUCCGCGACGGAUGAACGCCCCAAACCCAACAACUACGAGGCCAUCGUUUACUCCAAGGACGCGUCCCUUCAGCUCACUUCCUUCAACCCACUUCUUCAAUAGCCAGACUGUGUGAAAAAACUAUCUCCAGUGUUUAUUUACCACUUUUCCUUGCCUCUAUAUAUGGCCUUUUAUUGUAAUAAUAUGGAGAUAGUAAAUAUUUUAACAGUAUAAUUAAUAAAUGAUAUUUCCCUCUUUCUCUUCUCA